GAAAAAAAAAAAAAAUUGGGUAAAAUAGAGAAAGAAAAAAAGGAAAAUUACAUUAGAUUCUGUUUAGGAUGAACUGAAGGAACUAUGUAAAAUUUGAACGGAAAAAAACUGACAAUUUUUGAUGAUUUUAGAAGAUAAAAAAGAAAAUAUAAGAAAAAAGAUAUUUUUAGAGGAAAAAACAGGGAAGAUGUAAAAAAAUAGAAGAGAAUAUCUUCUAAAGAGAAGUAGACUAUGAAAGAAGUUUUUUUUUCGGAAAAAGAAUGGUCAAAUGAAACUUUUUUUUUGGAAACAAGUAGUUCAUCUUCAAGAAAAGAAAGAAAGAAAUAUGAGGGAGAAUUAACAGACGAUAUGGAUGAGGAUGAAAUAGAAUGGGAGAAUUUUGGUUUUGAUUCAGAAGAAAAUGAAAAUAAAAAUACAGAAAAACAGAAAGAUGAAACUACAUUUGAAUACAAAAUAGAAGAAAAUAUAUCUAAAAAAAGACAUGGAAUUAAAGGAAAAGACAGAAAAUUACGUCUUGAGAUUCAUAAAUUGCAUUUACUUUGUUUGAUUUCACAUGCAUCUUUAAGAAAUUAUUUUUGCAGAGACAAAAGAUUACACGCUAAACUUAAAACAAUUUUACCGUAUGAAAUUCGAGAAUUAUUUCAUCCAAAUGUCAAGAUUUCUCAAUACAGAAAAUCUAAAAUGUUUAUGAUAGCUCUUAGAGCAAUUGUCAAUAUUUGGAAAAAGAAAUUUAAAAAGAAUAAAUAUGGAUUAUCAAAAUCUUUAUGGAAAAGUCCAGAACAAAUUAACAAGCCUCAAAUUAAGAAGUUAUACGACAAUAUAUUUCGUUUUGAGGAUUUUUUGAAAGCAGCAGAAGAAUUACAAGGAUCUCGCGAUCUUGGUGCUCAGUUAUUCGUGGCAUUUUUACGCAGUAAUAAUGUAAAAACGAGGCUUACUGUACUUCUUCAACCCCUAUCAUAUGGAUUUGAUAAAUCAAACUCUUUGAAUGAUUCAACUUUGGACACUUUUAAUAAAAACAAUACAUCUAUUACUAAAGACAAUUAUAUGCAUGAAGUGGCAAAUAAACAUUCUAAUUGUUCCACUUUUCCUAAAAAUGCGAAAUCUAUAAAGUCAAUUCGUCCGUUUAAGCGUCCUCGUCUUGAUAAUUUUAUCACUAAUUGUUCAAAUGUAUCAGAUGGUAAUAAUAUAAGUGAUAUAAAAGAAUCAUUACAUCCUUUUUAUUGGGCAGAAGUACUUAAUCCAUUUACACAAAAAUGGAUAUUUGUUGAUCCAAUGGUUUCAUAUUUAAUAGGAAAACCAAGCAAAUUCGAAUCACUUGUUUCCAAAUCUAAAAAUUCAUUAGGCUAUAUUAUAUCGUUUGAUGAAGAUGGAUAUGUAAAAGAUGUAACUCGUCGGUAUACAAAACAUUUUAAUAGCAAAGUUAGAAAGCAGCGUUUAGAAUCAGUUGUUGGCGAUGAAGAAUGGUGGGAAAAGGUUUUAAAUUUCUAUAAAUCAGGCCAUGUUACACAACCUUAUGACAUAAUUGAAGAUGAAGAAUUUUUACAGCGUGAAACUUUCGAAAAAAUACCUCAAAAUAUUAAGGAUCUUAAGAACCAUCCAUUAUUUAUUAUAGAAAGGCAUCUUAAACAAAAUCAAGUUAUUUUUUCAAAGAAACCUUGCUCAUUCAUAACAGUAAAAAAGAAUGGGAAUCGGGUCAAAGAGCCAAUAUUUUAUCGUAAAGAUAUAGUUACUGUUUUAUCGGCUACUAAAUGGUAUCAGCGUGGAAGAAAAAUUAAGUUUGGAGAGCAACCAUUGAAAAUUGUUCCAGAGUAUAGAAAAAAUUCAACUUCAGAUGAAUUGAAUGGUAAUAUAAAAUAUGCAACAGUGGGCCUUUAUUCAGAAUCACAAACUGAAUUGUAUAUUCCUCCACCUGUCCUCAAUGGCAAAGUUCCAAGAAAUGCAUAUGGUAAUCUUGAUAUUUUUGUACCAUCAAUGAUUCCUCAAGGAGCUAUAUAUUUGCCAUUUCCCGGCAUAUCUUUAACAGCAAAAAUAUUAGGUAUUGACUAUGCAGAUGCUGUUGUUGGAUUCAAAUUCGAAAAAAGAUUAUCUCUUCCUAUUAUUAAAGGUAUUAUUAUUGCACAGGAAUUUGAAGAAGCGAUUUCUUUAGCUUUUAAGAUUAUGAAAGAAGAAGAAUAUGAAAAAAUUUCUCAGAAAAUGAGAAAUAUUAUAUUAGCAAGAUGGAAACGUUUUUAUAGAAAACUUUGUAUUUUUGAAAGGCUUAAACAAUAUGAUAAAGAUAACAUUUCAAAUACAUAAUAUACUUCUGUAGGGUUAGGGUCUUUGCUUUUCGACUUGAAUGAAAGACAUAUUUUUUGUUUCAUAUCAAAUAUAUUUAAAUUAGAC